CUCCACCGGCAAUGGUAGUAGGUCAAGGGGGAGGGGACGCAACCAGGAAAAGGAAGCACACGGCAGAGGGCCUUGAGGGUGGACUUUCGGGGAGUCGCCGGAGGGGAGCAAACACAACUAUAUAGGAAAUUCAAUACCGGGCAGGCUCAUUUCCAAGGUAGGCGAUCGAUGCCGCGAUGCCGCGAUACGUAAAGGGGUGACAACAUAACCUCCUACCUAGCCGUAAACAGGCAACCUACCUGGGUACGCGUCCAAGGUGUCUGCUAUGCUGCCUCGAGCGCCUCGGUAUGCAGAUACGGAGAUCGACCAGGCACUCAGCCCGGGGUUAUGCAAGCAGCGGGUGAGCUUGUCUCCCUUCCUCCCUCCCUCUCUCCCUCUCUCCCUCUCUCCCUCUCUCCCUCUCUCCCUCUCUCCCUCUCUCCCUCUCUCCCUCUCUCCCUCUCUCCCUCUCUCCCUCUCUCCCUCUCUCCCUCUCUCCCUCUCUCCCUCUCUCCCUCUCUCCCUCUCUCCCUCUCUCCCUCUCUCCCUCUCUCCCUCUCUCCCUCUCUCCCUCUCUCCCUCUCUCCCUCUCUCCCUCUCUCCCUCUCUCCCUCUCUCCCUCCAUCCAUCGGGUGUCUAUCUCUCCGUCUUGAUCCCACCUGCCUCCGGCCUGGCUUGGUUUCUUGGUCUCGCCUCAGGUGCUUCGGUUCCGCACUCAUAUCUACCGAGCCUAGACCUCGCCCCCUCCGUCUCUCGAUUCUGGACCGAGAUCAUAUCGUAUUCUCGUAUUCUCUACGUUGUUAUUCUUCUAGGGCUACACUUCUACUACUUCACGUUAAGUCAACAGGGCGAAGUCCCGCCACUCGUUGUUACGACAGAGCUCAUUCUAGUCUCCCACCAUCCCCCGGCACUAGGUUGUCUCUGUCACACCAUUUACAUUUCUUGCGAUUCUUCUCGAAUCCUCUUCCCGGUUGCUUGGGGACCGAGGCCAUUCUCCUUGGGUUACAUUCGACUUUUUGGGAGCCUGCCAUCAAGUGCCCGUCCCCAUCACCAGCCUUCUGCCCACCUGGGAACCUCCCACUCCAUACCUCGGGUAUACGGCCGCAAGCGUUGCGACAAUUUCACGCGCAUACCGCUCCAAUACUGAGUUGUCUUCUUCCCUGCAGGCUCUAUUCAACCGCUAGUGCCAAGGUAAGAUAUCCGCACAUCGGACUCCUGUUGUGGCGUUUGUUCAUAUGUUGACACCUUAAUCCUUCGUAGACAUAGUACGGUGACUCCACGUGUCAGAAUACGGAACACUCCGCCCACCACGAUCACCCAUUAUUA